AUGUGCAAAAACCAUGUGUGGAAGCAGUCACAACACAGUCCAUCCUUGCCAAAACCACCAAGGGUUCAACAAAAGAGACUUAGAUCUAAGUCCCACAGUCUCCUACACAUCCCUCAAACUACACCGAAAAGAUCACACACUCAGCACAAAAGCUCCAGCUCUCCAUUCCACAGCACUCCGCGCCAGAGAUCCCACACACCGCGCCAGAGAUCCCACACACCGCGCCAGAGAUCCCACACACCGCGCCAGAGAUCCCACACACCGCGCCAGAGAUCCCACACACCGCGCCAGAGGUCCCACACACCGCGCCAGAGGUCCCACACACCGCGCCAGAGAUCCCACACACCGCGCCAGAGAUCCCACACACCGCGCCAGAGAUCUCACACACCGCGCCAAAGAUCUCACACACCGCGCCAGAGAUCUCACACACCGCGCCAGAGAUCUCACACACCGCGCCAGAGAUCUCACACACCGCGCCAGAGAUCUCACACACCGCGCCAGAGAUCCUACACACCGCGCCAGAGAUCUCACACACCGCGCCAGAGAUCCCACACACCGCGCCAGAGAUCCCGCUCUCCUCACCACAGCUCUACACACCAGCACUCCCAGUCUACUCAUCAGUGGUCCCACACUCCACAUAGGGGAAACCAGCACAAAGAGGGUGGUGAACCAUUCCCAUUAGAUAAUGGAAAGUUCCAAAGACGGGUCCUCUAUCUGCUGGCCGAUAUUCGUGAAAAGCUGUCCCAGGUGGGCCAAAACUGUGAGCCCCCAGACUCUCAGUUCCACCUGGUGAAGAUGAACAGCAGGCGUGAGCUCAAGAAUCUGGAAGGGCAACUGGCUGAUAAAGGAAAGAAAAAUCUCAUGAUGUCUCAGUUGGUCAAGAUUGGGGGUGCAGAUCUUGAGGACUGUGUGAAGAAUAUGAUGAAAAGAGUUCUUACAAACAAGUUGAUGGCUAUGAUGAACAUGGAUGGCACAGGGCCAAAGAAAGCCUUUGGCAAAACAAGGCUUUGCCAAGUUAUAAUAGGUGCUGUACAGCAGUCAAAACCAGCAUCGUCAGAGGUGGAUAUAAAAAAUCAUAUGAAGAACUAUCUCCGGUCUGCUCCCGACAGAUAUGGGGGUAUGGGACGCCAAAAGGACCAGACAGCAGUCGAUCUUUGUUCAGGAUCAGAAUAAGUAUUUGACAAAAUCCAGCCUACAUUUGUACUUUUAAAUUUGAAGCUGAUGAAUAAAACUUUUCUUAA